AUGUCUACAUCAACAACACCAUCUCUCCCCCUCCCCACCUCCCCCACAAGUCUAAAUGUGAUCGCCUUGAUUUCGGGAGGUAAAGACUCCCUAUACUCUAUUCUCCACUGCAUCCGGAACGGACAUAAGGUCGUUGCGCUGGGGAAUUUGUAUCCGCCUACCACCACCACAACUACCACUCAUCAUGAGGAGAAAUCACAAGGAGAUGGCAAUGAUGAUGAAGAGGAGGAAGAAGAAGACAUCGAUAGCUUCAUGUACCAAACAAUCGGACAUAGCAUUAUUCCGCAGUAUGAAUCCGCGUUAGGGAUUCCGCUGUAUCGGCAGCAGAUUCUAGGGUCUGCGGUGGAUACGGGGAGGGUUUAUCGUGAUUCUUCUUCUUCUUCUUCUUCUUCUUCUUCAUUAUCACCCGGAGGAGAAGGAGGAGAAGGUAAUGAGGGAGACGAAACCGAAUCCCUCAUCCCGCUCCUCCAACGCAUCAAGGCCGCUCACCCGGAAGCCAACGCCAUCUCCGCCGGCGCUAUUCUCUCCACGUACCAACGUACCCGGAUUGAGAAUGUCGCAGCGAGGAUGGGUCUCGUGCCGCUCGCUUGGCUGUGGCAGUACCCGGUGUUGCCUGCGCCGGAGGAGAGGUUCGGUCUUGGUGGAGAAGCGGGUCUAUUGGAGGAUAUGGCUGCUGUUGGGUGCGAGGCGAGGAUCAUCAAGGUUGCGUCGGGGGGAUUAGAUUCCGGAUUUUUGUGGGGGGAUGUUUCCGGGAGGAAUGCGGGUGUUAGGAGGAGAAUCAUCAAUGGGAUGAAGAGGUUUGUCUUGGAUGGUGGGGAUGUAAGGGGCGCGGUGUUGGGUGAGGGUGGUGAGUAUGAGAGUUUGGCGUUGGAUGGGCCGGGUUUUCUUUGGAAGAAGAGGAUUGAGGUUUCCAGGUGGGAGGAGGGCGCUGGGGAGGGGGGUGUUGCGUUUGUGAGGGUUAGGGGGGCGAGGUGUGUGGAUAAGGAUGGUGAUGGGGUGGUGCCGGGGGAUGUGAGGAGGCCGGUGUUGUUGGAUGAAGGGUUUGGGGGGGUGUUGGGGGAGGCAUUGGGGAGUGAGGAGGUGGUAGGUAAGAGGGAGGCAAAGGUGUCUUCGUCUCAAGGGCACAUGGAGGUGUUGCAGAGUACGAAUGGUGGCACGUGGGUGGUUGCUAAUAUCUCGGCCCCUGAGGCUGGUCCUGGGGCUGCGGAGCAGAUGGAGGCGAUCAAGGAGAAGAUUGAGGCGAUUCUGGCUUCUACGCGGCGUGAGGAUGGGACUGCGUCUCGGACUACGGCUGAUAUCGUCUUUACGACGGUGCUGCUGCGCUCUAUGGCGGACUUUGCCUUGAUGAAUGGCAUCUACGUCUCCUUGUUCAAGAAGCCUAAUCCUCCGGCGAGAGCUACGGUGGCUUGCGGUGAUAGUCUGCCUGAGGGUGUGAAGGUCAUGGUAUCGGCGGUUGUGGAUUUGGGCCCUAGAGAGCAAAGGCAGGGUCUUCAUGUCCAGUCGCGUUCUUACUGGGCGCCGGCUAAUAUCGGCCCUUACUCGCAAGCCAUGUCGGUUCCGGUACAGGGUUCGGAGCACAUGGUUUACAUUGCAGGACAGAUUCCACUGGAGCCGGCUUCGAUGGAGAUGAUGAGUGCUUCAGGGGAAGCACUGACGCGGCCGUGGAUCGAGAACUAUGCCACGCGCGCGGUGCUUUCCUUGCAGCAUCUUUGGAGGAUUGGGCACGCUAUGGAGGUUGACUGGUGGCUGGGGGCUGUUGCUUUCUUGGUGGGAGAAGAGCACAUUGAGACACAGGCCCGACUAGCAUGGAACAUCUGGGAGCGGAUGCAUGCUCGUCAUGAAGAAGAAGAAGAAGACGAAGACGGAGAAUCAGGCCUGGAUGUCUGGGACAUCAAGUAUGGAGGCCGUGCGCAUGAGCAAGCAACGAGUCCAUCGGCACCUAAUUUGCCUAAUUUCGGGGUGGUCCAGUCAGACGCUUUGGUUCCUGCGUUUUUCGCGGUCCAGAUUUCAGAGCUUCCCCGAGGAAGUGAUAUCGAAUGGCAGGGUCUGGGGUACAGGUGUGGUGGAUUGCGGAUGGCUGCAGAAGAUACGGAGUAUGGCCGCAAAACCACUGUGUCCACAGAGCAGAAUCUCAGUUAUAUCGGCAUUGAGAUCGACAUGGAACAGUCGGGAUCUGAUUUGGACUCGUAUCUGCAGCUUGUCCUGCAGAAGCUGCCUGAGGUGGCAGAAGGUUCUCACGCGAUCAUCUAUACAAGUCAGCCAUUGUCCAAGCCUGCGUUCUCAGCGCAGAUUGUUCCCUGCAAAUCUGUCUGGGGACCGAAAGGACGUGAGUUGGCAGCAGCGAAAAAACCCGCCUUUCCGCCCUGGGAUUCCGGCCGCUCAUCACCCACCAUCCAUGCCAUGGCCGUUUCGCUGAGCCAGGAGGAAGAUGAAUCGCUUCCUGUCAACGGUUCUGCCCUCGAAAUAGAGCUGUCUGACACUCCCCGACAACCCUCUCGUUCCCCUCACCCGUAUCGUCGCAAGGGCUCGCAUUCAUCGUCGCUGCCUGCGGAUACCGGCGACCGAUCAACCGGUCUCCACUGGCCACGGACCUCGAGCGAUAGUGGCACCGAGGCUGAUGAUGAAAGCACGGGCAUACUGAGGGGUCUACCAGCAGCACCCUUGCGACCAAGGAAAGGGUUGCGUUCGGGUCGUCAUGCUGUUGGCGAGGAAGACCAGUGGUUUCCCCUAUUGCGCCCGUGGCCAUCGAUAACCCGUUCCACCUCACGGAGCUCGCGGCGGAGCUCAGGAGAAGAAGCCGAGGCCUCAGCGACAGGAUUGCGCGAACAAGAAGCUCGGAAGCGGCGUAUCGGAGUUUUGCAGAGGUUGUUGGAGGCUGCGUUGCUCCUCUCGGUGGGCGGCGUCGUUCUGGGACAAGAAAGCACGAGGGCGAUUGCUUGGGCUUGGAGAAAAGAGCUUCUUGCCCAUUCCCUACUUGUCGGUGGGCUUUACGCCGCUUAUCCUUUCCAUCGAGAUGGACGUUUUCGCUUCUCAAGAUUACGGUCCUUUGUUAUCCCUACGAGUUUCGAUCCUGCUCCGCUGCUUUACCCGAUCUUGAUACCCAUUUACGUUGCUUUGUCUUUAGCGCAGCAUAGUCCUACUCUAAUACUCCCUAAUGUCCUCCUCAGUCUCUCAUCUCUUCCGCCUGCCGUCAUCCCACUGCACGAUUGUGUUCACGGACACAGCAUCGUCCAUUGGAUGAUCACUCUGCUUCCGGUUAUCGUCUCGGAGCAACUAUCGGCAGGAAUCUCGCCUCCCAAACCUUUAUCUCUUCGCGGCCUCAACUCGGAAUCUCUGGCUCUUCUUUUUCCUUUGCAUCAAGCGUUGAUACCCACUUUAGAUUUUUUGUUGACUACCAGCGUCCUUCCCGCAGAACUGCAGCUUUUGACAAGCGCUCUGAUCAAUCUAUUCUUAUUUGCGUCCUCGCCUCAGGCGGAAAUCCUUAAGGCGUUGCUAUGGCUUGGUGGCCUGUGCAUCUUCAUCUCUUGUCGCGACGUGCUUCGCUGGGAAGUGGCUCUGGCCAGGAUCCCCAGCUGGAAAUUUCGGCGAGCGCCCAGCAACUCGCAGUCACCUCGAAAUAUCUUCAAUGUGCUUGAUUACAAGUUAUGCCAGCGACUAAGCCGCACGGGCACCUCGGAGGACAAUCUGUCGGACAGUGACUCGCCAGAAGGCCAAUUCUCGCUCGUCUCACGAAAGACAAUGCUCGAGUCGCGUGACAAAAACAAGGCGGGCGAGCCCAAUCGCACCGUAGAGGCUGAAGUGACAGAAAGCAUCCGGCAGCAGCCUACACUUACGCACCGGCGACGGCACACAAUCUCUAGCGUCAGCGAGGUCGCACGCACAGGAAAAGUCAGAACCACGCCCAGUGGGCGACGCAAGCGAUCAAUGGCCCCUGGUCUAGCGUCGUUCCUGUCGCUGACAGUGCCUCAAGCUCAAGUCCGGAAAUGGAUGUAUGCCCUGUUUGUCUACGUGACCGCGCUGCUCAUCAUCUUAGGACCUGUUCGAAAAUAUGUGGGCGAGCAGGCGUUAAACGGAGAAGACCCGUUCGGGUGGGCACUGAGCUAUCUGCUGGGCAACGUUUCAUGGUUUCGAUUCUGGGUGAUUAUGUGGAACCUGGAGUAUUGGAUUCCUCUCCCCGCUCGCCUGGACCCUGACCUGUUGGACGCCUCCUGCACUCUUGGUUGGGUCGAACAUCUCCGCCGAGAUGUCUUCGGGGAGGCUAAUUCGCGCCUCCUCGUUGCAGCAUAUUGCGUUGUGGUACUUGUGACUGGAUUGGCGGUUGUGUUACAGUUGAGCUCUGUCGCGGAGGUCGAUACGAGACGCAAGGUCUUCCAUGGCAUGAUGGUGCUGAUGUUCCUUCCGACGGUGUACAUCGACCCCACGUUUUGUGCUCUGGCCCUGAGUCUAGUCCUGUCCGUCUUCCUGCUGCUCGAUCUCUUCCGAGCGUCCCAGCUGCCCCCGAUCUCGCGCCCGUUGACUUACUUCCUUGCCCCCUACGUGGACGGGCGCGAUCACCGGGGCCCUGUGAUCGUGUCGCACAUCUUCCUCCUCAUCGGAUGCUCGAUCCCCCUUUGGCUUUCCCUGGCGGAUAUCCCUCGGACGGGCGACCAUCCUUGGAUGGGGUGGAGUGCGGUGACCCGGGACGUGAGUAUGGUGAGCGGGAUCAUCUGCGUGGGCAUGGGCGAUGCGGCAGCGUCGCUCGUGGGGCGACGGUUCGGUCGGCGCAAGUGGUUUUGGGGAGGAGGGAAAUCGCUCGAGGGCAGCGUGGCCUUUGCGGUUGCUGUAACGUGUGGCUUAUUGUUCGCGCGAGUCUGGCUCGUCCUGGGAGAGUGGCCGAUUAGCGGAGACAACUAUGGACCGCACCAGAACUUCCCCUGGUUGAAAACAGUGGUGAAAGCCAUUUUGGCCGCUGGGGGAACUAGCGCAACCGAGGCGAUUCUGACAGGUUGUAAUGACAAUGUCGUGGUUCCGAUUGUGCUAUGGCUCCUCGUGAGAGGGCUUGGGGUUUGA